AUGGCGCUUCGGAAGGUUCGAAACAAUAUCGACCGUCUUUUUGACAAAAACCUUACUGACUUGAUACGAGGGAUCAGAAACAACAAGGAAAAUGAGGUACGUUUUUAUAAUUAAUAUUUUAAAAGUGUCGUUUUACAUAUUAAUGUGGCAUUAAAGUUGUAGAGCUUAUGUUAAGAAACUAUUUUUUACAGGGAAGGUACAUUGCUGCUUGUAUGGAGGAGAUUAAGGCAGAGUUACGAACAGAUUCUCCUUUUAUUAAAGCCAAUGCUAUCGAGAAGUUGGCUUAUGUAUGUUUUUUAUUGCUUUUUUAGUUUUUAGGUAACAAAUAUGUGCUGAAGUAAGAACUAUACAGUAAAAGUAAUAUGUACUUUAAAUGCUGUGUUUUAGUUACAAAUGCUUGGUUAUGACAUAAGCUGGGCUUCCUUCAACAUAAUAGAGGUAAUGGCGUCUACCAAGUAUUGUGAGAAAAGGAUAGGAUAUCUGACGGCUACACAAUGUUUCAACGACGAGACUGAUGUGUUGAUGUUAACAACGAAUAUGAUUCGAAAAGAUCUACAGAGUAGCAACAUGUACGAUUGCGGAGUAGCUUUGAGUGGAUUAGCAUGUUUUGCUACGUCUGAUUUGUCUAGGGAUCUGGUUAAUGAUGUUGUUAACUUGGUAAGAUAUUAAUUUUGGUGCUUUAUAAUGCAUUAGCGAUACAUUAAAUAACACGGAUCAGGCUACUUUGAACUAUGACGUUUUUUAAAUAUUGAACUAGUUUUUAAUACCUAAACUAUUUGUAGCUGACAUCCAGUCGUCCAUAUGUACGUAAAAAGGCAGUUUUGUUGUUGUACAAGGUUUUUCUCAAGUAUCCAGAGAGCUUGAGGCCAACCUUUUCAAGAUUAAAGGAGAAAUUGGAAGAUCCUGAUUCAGGUAAUCUAUUCAUUAUUUAAAUUUUAACAUUUUUUUUACCUAAUGCUUUUAAUAUAACAUGGAUUCAGGGGUUCAAAGUGCUGCAGUAAAUGUAAUAUGUGAGCUGGCUAGAAAGAACCCUAGGAAUUACUUGAGCUUGGCCCCACUGUUUUUUAAGUUGAUGACAACAAGUUCGAACAACUGGAUGUUGAUUAAAAUCAUAAAACUGUUUGGUUCUUUAGUGCCAUUAGAAUCAAGGUUGGGCAAGAAGUUGCUGGAGCCAUUGACUACUCUUAUAAACAGGUACGUCUUUAACUGUAGCAAAAUUUCUAAGUUUAGGUAUGAAUCUGUUAAUUCAAAUAAUAAUAAUUUUUUAGCACUUCUGCCAUGUCGCUUUUGUACGAAUGCAUUAACACUGUGAUUGCCGUGCUAAUUAGUAUUUCUACUGAAGGUCCUGGAGAUUACACGCCUUCAAUUCAAGUAAGUUUUCUUUUUUUAAUUAUUGUAUUUUAGGUAAUAGUUUUAUAUAAAGUUUGAUCGACAAAAUUAAUAUUUUAGUUAUGUGUUCAAAAACUUGGAGUGCUAAUUGAAGAUUCUGAUCAAAACCUGAAGUACCUUGGAUUGCUGGCGAUGGGGAGGAUUCUUCUAACACAUCCGAAGGCAGUACAAGCUCACAAGGAUAUAGUACUCAGGUGUUUGGAUGAUAAGGACGAGAGUAUACGAUUGAGGUACGUUUUGCUUAUUAUUUAAAACUUUUUGUUACUUAAAUUAAAAAAAAAUUUUUAAAUUAUUUUAGAGCACUGGACCUUUUGUACGGUAUGGUGUCAAAGAAGAAUAUCAUGGAGAUCGUAAGAAAACUGAUGGAUCACGUAGACAAAGCAGAAGGCGCUUUUUACCGUGACGAACUUCUGGCACGAAUAAUCUCGAUAUGUUCGCACAAGAACUAUCAGUACAUUACUAACUUCGAAUGGUACAUAUCAGUCUUAGUAGAACUCACCAAGGUAGAGGGAUCGAAACACGGAGUUUUGAUCGGCGAACAAGUACGUUUUAUGCCUAAACCUUUGUAGCAAAGUAAAAUAUUUAUUCUUUAAUAAAAUGUAGUUAUAUUGCCAAUUUUAAUUUCAGAUUCAAGAUGUUACUGUUAGAGUACAAUCAAUACGACACUACUCGGUAUCACAAAUGGCUUUACUUGUUGAAAAUGCUCACUUACUGCUUUCCGCUAACUCUGCUCAAAGAAAUAAUAUUUCGGCCGUUCUUCUAGCUGCUGCUUGGAUUUGUGGAGAAUACGCUGAGUAAGUUAUAUUAUUGUAAUUUUGAAAAGGUAUCUUCUAUUUCUAAAAGUGACAGUUAUAUAAAUUGAAAUUACAGACACGUAAACGACAUAACUUCUGUGCUUGAAUCAAUGCUGAAAACGAAAGUAUCUCUUGUUCCCGGCGAUCUUCUAAGUGUUUACAUUCAGAACAUUGCAAAGCUGUAUGCCUUCUUGUUGGUACAAUACGAGAAGGAAGCCGACUGGGAUGCGAUUGAAAGUUUGGACAAUUUGGUGCUAUCAAAACUACCUCAAUUCCAGUACUCAGAGCAUUUGGAGGCACAGGAACGUGCUUGUAAUCUACUCCAUCUUCUCAAGUUUGUGGAGUCUGAACACAUGCAAAAGAAGCAGAUCGCGGAAGCCUUCUCGGAUCUGUUUGUAGGAGAACUGAAUCCUGUAGCUGCAAAAGCACAAAGAAAGGUUCCACUGCCUGAAGGGUGAGUUUUGCUUAUUUAAAAUUGGAUUUGUAGUGAAAAGAUUUAAAAUUUGUUCAUUGUCUAAAAUUUUUAUUGUAUAAGAUUUUAUCAUACAGGAGAUUCUACCGUAUGAAAUUUAAACUUGUGUGAUUAUAUAUUUUACAGUUUGGACCUUGAUCAGUGGAUAGUAGAACCACUGGAAUCCGAAUCAGAAGAGGACGAGGAACCAGAAGAAAUGCCUUCAAUCGACACUGCGAGACGUCAGUUUGCUUUGGCAGCUGAGUCUUAUAUGGAUAGUUCUGAAGAAGAACAUCUGAAGCCAAAGAAGAAUGGCUCGGAGAAGAAGAAGAAGGUAUCUCAAAAAGAGAUAGAAGAGAGUAAGGAACGAAGGAAAUUCGAGCAAGAAAACAACCCCUACUACAUGAAGUCAGUGGUGAAGCCGAUGCAGAAGAGCCAAAGCAACCAGAGUCAGCUGAGUCAAGUGUCAAAGCGAGUCAAACACCAAUCACCACCCGAUCUUCAAAGUCCGUUAGAGAUACCUGGAGUUAUCGGCAUGGACAGGUAUCUAGAGCAACAGAAUUCAACAAUAUCUUGGAAGACCGCGAAGGUAGAGAAACAGAAGAAGACCAAGAAGGGCAUCAAGAAGAAGAAGAAGACUAAAGCUCAGACACUGUCAGUUCUUUCGAGUUCUGAAGAAGAAGAUGAGGCUGUAGUUGUACAUAAUGUAAAUAGAGACGAUGGAGAAAUGCCCGAAAAUGCUUUGAGUAGUGAUGACGAGAAGGAUAUGGUAAGUGUAAAUCAGCUUUUAUUAUCUAAAUGUUCAAUUUUUAGUUAAAAUUAGCUUUCUGUUAACCAAUACCUUUUUAGAAUGGAGUUUCCGACGAGUUUAAGGCGUUGGAUAUGGAUUUGGACGCUCCACUAAGAGAUGACGAACAACUCUUUGCUCCUCGACCAUACGAACGGCCGAAGACCUUUUCUCAGGAUCGCUUUGAUGCUUUUAGACUACCUAUUAAUGACAAAACAGAACCAAAGAAGAAAAAGAAGAAGGAAAAGGAAAAAGAAAAGGCAUCAGAAGACAAGAAAAAGACAAAAAAGAAGAAGAAAAAGGCGAAUGACGACAACCUAUAUACAGCCAUCGAUGAGAAGUCGAAGAAGCCGAAAAAGAGCACUAAAGGCAAGAACAAAGCUAACAUCGAGGACAUUUUUGUUCAAGAUUCUGCUGAAAUGGUCAAACCAAAUGUGCUGCCUGCUUCGCUUGAUGUGUCUUUCAAGAAGUUGUGUGCCAAUGACAGGAUUUUUAUAUAUUCGUCGAUACAAAUCGAAGAACUGGAUCCACCGAAAGUCAUCAUAACACUUUUGAUGGAGAAUAUUGGAACAGAACGUCUCAAGAAUCUUGAAGUAUUUGUUCUUGAAUCUUCAGCUGUAUCGUUGCAGUCCGAAAAGGAGGGUACAAUCAAGUUGCCAUUCGAAUUGGUACCUAAAGGAUCGAACCAAGUUGACUUGAAGCUGAAUGUUAACAAUGCUAACCAGACUCAGCGAGUACGAUGUUCGUUGAGUUAUCUGGUGGAGGAAGGUGGCGGGGAUACUGUAACCGAAAAGCUGGACUUUAAACUGGAAAUCAGAAGCAUCCUCUUCUUGAAGUUUGCUACAAUUGGAAGGUAAAACAUUUUUGGAAUUUUAAUUUGUUUUGCCUUUUGUUUAUACCAUGUUAAGUUGUCGUUUUAGCUCGUCUUUUGAAUUCAUGAUAACCAGUGGAGAGUUGUUGAGUUCAGCGACACCUUCCGUAGAAACCAGAUGCAACUUCUUCGACAUUGUAGAUGGAUUAACAAGUGAAUCUAAUUUUUCGAGUAAGUUUUGUUCUAGUUUGUAUAUUUUGGAUUAUGGUUUACACAGUAACUGAUAAUGUUAUCUUACAGUUGUGGAGAAGACGGAAACAGCUGCUACUUUAUAUGCUCACAGCUUUGAUUCUAAGCCUAUUUGUGCUUUGCUGAAGUAUAAGGUAAGAUUUGAACUAUAUUUUUUUAGUUUUACAAAUUUGAAAUUCUUAAUGCAUCUAUUAUUAUUUUUGAAGUUUUGUUUAUUAUAUUUUCUUUUCAGGACUCGACAUGUUCAGUUUGUUGCAAAUGCUCGGACCAAGAGUGGGGCCAGUCGCUAGCCGAAGACUUGGCCCAGCUCAUAAAACUCUUGCCUCAAAAGAACUAA